UAUUGCACUACAAAUGCAAAACAUUACAGCAUUGUUUAAAGUUAUGUAUUAACAGAAAAUACAAUGAUGCAGUAGACUAUGUAUAUAUGGAACAGGCAUAUGUGGAACUUAUACAGUAUAUCACUUCCACCAAGUUGUAAAUCUAUAGUUUCCUCUAAAAAUCCUCUGUCAAUUCAAAACAUAUUUGCAAAUAAACAAUUCAAUUAAUGUUGAAGAAAAGGUUUCCUUAUACUACAUACAUACAUACAUAAGUAACCAAUAUAUUUCACACAUUAUUUCGAAUUCAAAUUAAAUGUUGUUGAUAUACAGUUUAUCAGCUACUGUCAAUGAAGAUUAAAAACCUGCUGGUGGAUAAUUUACAAAAGUUUACUGGUGAGAAUGAGGUCAAACACGAAGACCAAGAUCUCGCGAGAUCUCGCACGUCUGAUUCUCAGGCAGAGUCCGUGAGCGGAGUCAGUCAAUGUGGGACGGAGUUUUGCCUGUUUGUUAGCGGAGUAGGAGGGAAGAACGAGCCGUUGACUUGACACAGGGCUUGCGUGAAAUCAGUUCGGAGAGCAAGAAAGCCAAGAAUGGCGUCGGGCGAGACACUGUACAUCGAAGCGGACGGCUCGGAGAUGCCGGCGGAGAUCGUCGAGCUGCACGAAAUCGAAGUGGAGACCAUCGAGACGACGGUGGUCGGCGGAGACGACGACGAGCACCAGCCGAUGAUCGCGCUGCAGCCGCUGGUCUCAGACGAUCCGAACCACGUUAACCAUCAGGAGGUGAUUCUGGUCCAAACUCGCGAGGAGGUCGUGGGCUGCGACGAUUCGGACCUCCACGCAGACGACAGCUUCGAGGACCAGAUCCUCAUCCCCGUCCCUGUUCCUGUUGCAGAGGAGGAAUAUAUCGAGCAGACUUUAGUAACCGUGUCUGGCAAGAACCCGUCGGGAAGGAUGAAGAAAGGAGGAGGCAGCGGGAAAAGAGUGGUCAAAAAGAGCUUCCUAAACUCCGCCGAGGCGAGCGGACGCAAAUGGGAGCAGAAGCAAGUGCAGAUCAAAACACUGGAGGGGGAGUUUUCCGUCACUAUGUGGGCAUCGGAUGAUAAGAAAGAUGUUGAUCAUGAGACUGAGGUCGAGGAGCAGAUUAUUGGAGAAAACUCUCCUCCUGACUACUCCGAGUAUAUGACAGGCAAGAAACUGCCCCCUGGUGGCAUACCUGGUAUUGACCUGUCAGACCCCAAACAGCUGGCAGAGUUUGCCAGAAUGAAGCCCAGGAAAAUAAAGGAGGAUGACUCUCCAAGAACGAUAGCAUGCCCUCACAAAGGUUGCACAAAAAUGUUUCGGGACAACUCCGCUAUGAGAAAGCACUUGCACACCCAUGGGCCACGGGUUCAUGUCUGCGCUGAAUGUGGGAAGGCGUUUGUGGAAAGUUCCAAGCUAAAACGGCAUCAGUUGGUUCAUACUGGUGAAAAACCUUUCCAGUGUACAUUUGAGGGAUGUGGAAAGCGCUUUUCAUUGGACUUUAACUUGCGCACACACGUGCGGAUUCACACUGGAGACAGACCUUACGUUUGCCCGUUCGAUGGCUGCAACAAGAAAUUCGCUCAGUCCACCAACCUGAAGUCUCACAUUUUGACACACGCGAAAGCUAAAAACAAUCAGUGAGAUCGCUCGCUGAAGAAAGAUCCCUUAAAGACUCUGUCUGACCACAGCUUCCUGCUCCAAAACCCACUUUGUAUGUCGUUUCUAGAACCAUUCUUUUCUAAGAGAAUCUCAGUGCACAUUUUGAUGGGAAUUGAAAUGUGAAUGAGGACCUGACACCAAACUAUCCCGUCAACCUUCUCACGGUAUAGACCCGAGUUAUGAGAGUUUCUUCUUUUGAAGAUGUGAUUGUUUUUGUGGACCCUCAUUCACAUACAAGAUGCUCAUUAUCCUGAGCCCAAAGAAGCAAAUUGCCCAUCGGUGUGUCUGUUUCUACCAGUUUGCAAAGACAAAGACUGCUUUUUAGAUGUCUUCAAAGUGUGCAUAUUGUACACUUUUUAGAGCGUAGAGCUGUCAUAAUAUGUAUGUGUGUGAGUGUGUGUGUGUGUGUGUGUGUGUGUGCGUGCGUGCGUGUGUGUGUCGUCCCUGAGACUUAAAACCUGUGAAUGCUUUUCUUCAAGGAGAAUGAGAUACCGUUCAGCUAUUUUCAAUGUAAAUACAGCUUUUCUUUGUGAGGUAUCCUGUGCAGGUAUCUCAUUUUGUAUACCUGUCCUGUACAAAUGUUUUGAAAUCAUGUAGAUAGAGAUGUUGAUUAGAUUGUGUUUAACCAAUUAAAACAGUUUUAUCCAGCUUCAGGAAAUACUGCUACAUACACAUGCCUUCUUUUGUAACACAGUAACAGUCUACUCAGUAUGUGAAGACAUUUUUCCUUCAAAUUCUCUAAUUUAUUUAAUGAUAUGGAAUAAAGCUAAACUCCCCUGUGCAGUU